CUUGAGUAUCGUGCUUGCGGGAGGAAGGUAGAGAUGGUCAUCAUGUCAUGUUAGCACCAAUGCUGCUUUCAACAGGUACACACCCAGUGACCACUGUUUUCUUUUUUAGAUUGCAUUCUACAUACAGUGGAAGUGGCGAAUGAAACUUUAAUUACUCUGCCGUGCGAGCUUGGUUUUGUUCUCCAGCAUGGAUGCCUUAUUUCGGAAGGUGAAGAAGUCUCCCACCGUCCUACAGAAAGGAGAGUCAGGAACCAUUCGUCACCAAAAGCUCCCCGAAGGCUGGGGAGAAAACAAACAACCUGUAGCAGGAGAUGAUGGUGUGGUUUUCUACCUGAAGUACCUGGGUUCCACCUUAGUAGAAGAGAUUGAAGAUGAUGAAAGCUAUGGUGAUGGGAUUAGUGCAAAAGCUGUUCAAAGAAUUGUUGCUAUGGCAAAGUCUAUUGGUAAAAAGUUAAAGAAAAUUGCACUGAGGGUAUCUUCACGGGGAUUCCACAUGGUGGAUAUCAUAACAAAAGAAAUUCUUUUUGAUCUUUCAAUCUACAGGAUCUCAUUUUGCACUGCUGAUAAAAACCAUGACAAAGUAUUUGCUUAUAUUGCUCGAAAUACUACAAAUGAAACAAUGGAAUGUCAUGCAUUCCUAUGUGCAAAACGAAAAAUAGCCCAGGCUGUGACUCUGACAGUGUGGCAAGCCUUUACAGUGGCCCAAGAACGCUGGUGUGACCAGCAGAACAAGAAGGUCCGAAAAGAGCAAAAGAAACAACAGGUAACCCAACCAUCCGUGCCACAUAUACAGCACUCAGUGGAAACUCCUUCAACACCUGUUACUACCUCACUAUCACCUUUUUCAGACUCAUUCACAGAUUAUGACUAUUCCAAGACUUCACUUAUAACUGGAGUGUCAUGCUGCCAGCAGACUUCAGUGGAUACAAGUGAUGAUGAAAACCUGGAAGACUCCUUUUCAAAGUUGGCUGAAACAAGAGGUCGUGUUCGCUUGCCAUCAUUCAGCACAGACUUACGUCAAGAGGAUGUUGAUGAAGGAGUCCAGCAGUACAUGGAUGGCAAACGGUGUUUUGAGGAAUUUUCUCGUCAAAAAUCCAUGGAGGAUCUUUUAAAUUUAUAAAAUGUUUUGCAGUGUACAGGAUUUCUUACUUCAUUCUGCUGCAAUUUGCAUGGGAAUACUCUUUCCUCAAAAAGUUGACUUGCAGAAAGUAUUCUUGAGUGAAUGUUUUGUUCAAUAUGCAAAGUAAAGUGUGAAAGUUGGGAAAUUCUUGGAGUUUGAUAGUGGCAGAUAGUUUCAAGUGAAGGUGAUGUACUUUAGGUUACUUGGUUCAGAUGAAGCACCUUGUUUCUAAUGGCAUGCAAGUUCAGAAAAUAUCGAAAUGCAGGAUGUUUUGUAUAGUGAUUGUCUUGAAGCUCAGUUACUUUAAUAAGUGACUGAGAGUGAGGCACCAUUACAGUUGUUUAAUGAUCGUACUUCCAUACAUAAUGGUGACAGUUUUUAUUUGCAGUUGUCAGACUUGCAUACAUGGCUUAAAUGCUGUAAUUCUGUUUUCUAAACUUUUCUUUAAAAAGGCAGUUGUUUUAUUUUUGUCCAGUUCUACUUAAGCUGCUGAAUAAAUUUGGUGGACUUAAGAAGCUUUCAUUUAGUCUGCUUUUUUCACGUUCCACAAUUAACCCUUGGGUUAAGUUACUCGGCAGGAUUUUCACUUCUUGAAUAAAAGUACCAUUUUGGGAUUUAAAGUAUAAAACCAUAUUUGAAGUGAGGAUAAGAGGUGGUUGAUGGAAUUGAUUCUGACCCUCCCAUCCCUACAAAAAAAGCAAAUAAAAAUGAUGAAAAAAAAAAUCUUAAGAACAUUGAAUAGAAGCAGAACUGGUAAUAAGUGGCAAGUAAGCAGAGACAGCAUCUUCCAGAUAUUAUUCUUGAACUAUAUCUUAGAUGCCACUUGAACCCACGUCAUUUUGUUUGGUCUCUUUGGCAAAUGCAUGAUAAAAUUUGAGAUGCAUUGAUGUGUAGAUUAUUAUAGUAAUAUAUUUCAGCUGUGGUAGGAAGUUAAAUGUAUCUAAGCUAUAGUUUUGAAAACUUCUACAUGUAAAUUAGUUGUUUUAGGAGGGGGAAAGUUCCUAUUUGGUGCACUUAGUUAAGCUGAGAAGCUGGUUUUGCUUGGACGUAUUAAGUUUUGAAAAUCUCAGUAUUUGAUUUGAUCUGUAUUACUCUUUUCUUUUUCUUUAACUUCUUUUUUUUUUUUUUUUGAUGUCCAGCUCAGUAUUUUUCUAGAUGCAAUAAAUAUUUAAAUAGAUUUGAUAUGUCUUACAUUUCCGAGUACUGACUUGCUUUUUAGAAGUGACUUACAGUCGGAUUACAGGUGGCCACUGACUUUUAAGCUGCUUUUGCAGAGCUGGUGAUCUUUUGGGCUUAAGGGCAUUCCCUAGUUUUCUGUUCCUCCAGCUAGCUUCCAUUUAUAAGGGGACUGCAUGGAGCUGAAUAGGUGAGAGUGUGUCUGUACGCUGAUAUUUACAGGCUCAUGUUUCAGGCUUUCUUCAUAAUGAUAACAUUGUUUUAAAAUGAAAUGCAUAUGGCUAUAUUUGCACGUUUGUAUUGGUUGUCUUUAGUUGUUUGGUGGGUGUAGCUGUUUACUGGCUUGAAGCUUGGCUAUAGUAAAAUGCCUUAGCAUCCUAGUCUGUCAUAAAUGUAUGAAAAUUUAAACAGAGGAGGAAGAUAAUAGUCUGGUGGAGCACAGUUUGAAAUCUUGCUUCAUCACACACACAAGACAUAUGUUAUUGACUGUUUGAAUACCAGUGUGCCAACAUUGAUAUAAGAGAAAAAAAUUAACUGCAGAAUGCUCUACUGUAUAGAAAAUUUGAAAUCAAACUUGCAUUUUCUGUGCAAAUUCAUUUCAUAUCAGUACAAAAUUUGAAAGUUCUGUACUUGUUUAUUUGAAUUGUUUUUAUUGUAUUUUGAUGGACAAUGCAUUUGGAUGUCUUGCUGUAAUAUGUCAUCCACAAUCUUCAUUUGUUCAUGGCAUUGCAUGUCAGUCUGAUGGGCUUGUGCAUAAAUCAGUCGUUCGACUUUGCCAUUAGUGAAUUUUGUUUGUUUGUUUGUUUGUUUUUUAUGCUUGUACUGGCUAGAUUACCAUGUUCUCCUCUGUUUUGAAAUUGUGUGAGGAGAUGCAUAUGGAUUUUGUGGGUUAUCUGUCAUAAUAUUUAAUCUUGGUGCUCCCAAAGGGGAAAAUUUUUUUUGGUUGAUGUGAUCUUGUUCAGAAUUUCUUUUAAUCAAAUUCAGCAUUGUAAAACUUUGCUUAUCCUUUAUAACCAGUGGAUUUACAAUAACAGAUUCUUUUUUCAUUUGAACUUUUUUUACAUCUUUAUUUGGCUAUAAAUUUAGAGGGGCAUUUAUAGGCAUAAAAUGUAAAAUAGCAGAGAUAUAUUACAUUUUGCAAACUGAAGUGGUAACAAUAUGGCAAACAAAGAUGUUCUCAUCAUAAGAUAGCUACGUUAUACAUAAAACACAAAGGAGUAUAGAAUUAAUUAAAGUUACAAUGUAAGGCAAAUAACUGCCUAAAUUAAUAAGUCUGCUGUUAAGCUUACUGUUCGUCAACUGAUAAUAUUUAAAAGUACUCAAGUAACACAUAAAAUACCCUGGAAACAGCGCUUUAUGCAAAACAAUAAAGAGUGGAUAGACAGAUAUGCAAUUUAUCAUCUAUCUCAUCUCAGUUACAUGUUCUCAUAUCUUUAGGUAUAUCUUUGUUGUUGAAUUGGGAGUUGAUGGCAACUUAACCAGAAUUUUAUUAAGAUCUAAGGGGAAAAAUUUAUGAAUUCUCUAAACCAAAAUGUUCUUUAAACGUGCAGUAAAGGACUUCAUUAGUAAUAGAGAUAUUAUUUCUAUAUACGUACAUCUUGUUUCCAUUCUUGAAUAAACUGAUCUUUUAAACAUUGCAUUAAAUCUUUUUGAAGGAGAACAAACUACAACCAAGAUUCCAGAUAAAAUAAAAAACUAUAGCAAGUAGUAACCUUCACAGCUAGGCUAAUGUAGUUUGAAUACUGAGUUAUCAGUUGAGCAAUCCUUCCCAGUAAGAACCUGGUUUCAGGCCGUCACAGGUUCAUUCUUAAUAAAACCCAUCAACUUCCAACUGUUUCAUGCUAAUUGAAGUUUAAAGUUCUAUUUUUAAUUUGCCCAGACAUAUAUCUGACAUCAAAGGUAGAUACUCCCACAUGUGUGAAUGAUGAUGUAGAUGAAUUUGUACUUGCCUUUCUUAUUACUUUAGCAAUAAAAGAAGUAAAUGAAAUGGCAGGGAAAACAUUGCUGACAUGUCUUUUGUAGAGACAAACAUUAGGUAUUCUAUGUGCAUCUUCAGAUUGCUUACUAUAACUACUUUCAUAUCAUUGUCUAUAAAUUAGUCUACACAUCUGUAAUAUUCUACUUUACAUUGACACGUUUUGACAUGCAUGUUUGUUACAUGCUAAGCAAUCAUGCUGUCACUGUUUUGCACUCUUGUAAGGUACCAACAUAAUUUUUGUAGCUUUAGACAUGAGAGCUGUGCUAAUCAGAUGCAAGGAUGGACUAGCUGAUGAACAGUACCUGUAGCACUUUGUGGAAACCUCCUUUUGUACCUGAACCUAGUUUACAACCAAAAACUUGAACUGGGUUUAGGACAGGUCUCUUAUUAGUUAAGAACGAAACUGAUCAGUGAUCAAGGUUUCUACCAUGAAGCAUUGCUUAAAUUGGUCAGUCCAUGUAACUGCUACUUUGGACCUGUUUUAGAAAGUACUACUUAUACUGACAAUUGUUUGACAUUUGUUCUGCAUUUAGGUCAACUUAAAGAUAACGUUUUUGAAAUCAGUUUUGGGAGCAAAAAUGGAACGACAUCAAAUAGACUUGAAAAAGGAUGCCAGUAUCAGGAUGGAGUAAGAAGUAAUGCCAUCCACUGCAUUAAUAGACCGAAGAAAAGUCCCUAGCACUUGAAAAACAUAUUAUGGAGGAAUAAUAUCAUGAUUAUUGUUGUCUUGGGGAUGUGCAGUUGCAACCAUUCUUUAUUAAUGUUUUCUGCUCCUGCAAGUAUUUAUCUCCCCUUGUACUCAGGUCAGAUGCAUACAACAGUCUUGUGAAAUGUUUUGGAUUCAUAAUUCUGUGGCGAGAUUUUUUAAUUUUCAUUUGGCGGAGCAUGUGUUGUGCCUUGUACAUGAAAGAAGAUGUGUAUUGUCAGCAUUCUUAAAAUUAGAAGCUAACUUAAGUAAGCAUGCUGAACACUUAAGGAACAUAUAAAGAAAAAUGGUCUAUUGGCUUACCGUGGUUCAAUAAAGAGGUUGGACAUUACUUGUCCCUAACUUCAGUUAUCUCAUCAAAUCAUAGUUUAAAAUAUCUGGGGUUUUUUUUAUUUAUCCUAGUAAGCCUUUAAUUAUGUAAACAGUGACAAGAAUAAAUAAUUUUAAUAAUUCAUUAAUUUGCCACCUAUCCCAAGUGGUGAGGAAAUGUCACACUGAAAAGUAAACAGUGACGUUGGGGCCCAUUUGAACUGCUAAGCUGCCAUGUGACACAUUUCACAGUUCCUGAGGGUGCAGUAGCUUGGUGCUUGUCACCAGCUCAGCAGCCAUCGAGUUCUGAUCUGACUUCAGGUUUUUUUUCUUUGUAAAACACAAACUUUCCAAAUCUGGCUUUCAGGAUGGGAGAAGGAAGAAUGACAGGCUGGGUGUGUGGAGUCACUGUUGUCUGACCUAGUUUGGUGUCUGCAUGCAUUUUUCGUGCUUGGAAAAAUAUCACAUUGCUAUAUGCAAGGCACAGGGUAACUAGUAAAUAAUUCCCUUUUUUUUUUCAUCAUUGUUUUCUUCAAGGCUGGGAGAUAGUCCUAGUGCCAAAAUUGUGUGUGUGUAAAUUAUAAUAUGAUGUCUGGUAUUGAGAUACAGCUUCUAGACUCACAGACAGCACUUUGUGGCUUUGAGACAGACCAUAGUGCAUUGUGGAUUUUGCUUCUGUUGAUAGAUUGCCUCCUAUAUCCAGUAAAUGUCAGUUGCUGGUUCAGAAUUUUAUGGAGAUAACUCUCUCAUCAUAUCAUUUUAGUAGUGAAAAGAGAGAAACAACUUCUAGUGCUGUUUUGAUUGUGUGUAUAGCACUUCAAACAUAGGAGCAGAAAUUAAGCUCUUUUUUUAUUAUUAUUAUUAUUAUUACAACUACUACUAUACCACAUUUGUGAUAAUUCUGUGUUGAGUUUAAUUUUUUUUAGUUAACAGAUCUAAAACACUCUGCAUGGACAGCUUUGUGUAAUUGUUCUGCCAAUUCUGAUGACUAUUUUACUACCAUAUCAGUUCAUCACUAUAAAAGACCUUUGUUUUUUUCAGUUUGAAUUAUAUUGCAUGUUUGUUGGAAUAAUACACCAGUUGAUAUUUUUUGUGUUUUUCAAGAUUUUGAUACAAGCUUUGGUUUUUGUCUUCUAGUCUUGUUUUCAGGGUCAUGUCUCAUUUCCCUUACAUGGAUUAAUUACCUUAAACAAGUUACAGGUCUAGACAGACAUUAUCACAAAUUCAUGUAAAACAGUGAUCAUAAUCAUCUGAGCUGUUCGUUCCUGUUUUUUUUUAUAUUAGUUUUCCUUUUUCAGACCUGGAUUAUAAGGAAAUGAGACUGCAUUAACUUUUUCAAGAUCUUUUGCUUUGCAUGCAAAAAUGUUAGUAAUAUCCAGACUUUGUGCUUUAAAACAUAUUUAAAAAAUUUUGGUCUUAGUACUUUAAAAAUAUGUUUUGGAGUAAGGGCAAUAUCUUUUGCCUUAAGACUUUGAUGUAAAAUAGCUAACCCUGAUCCUAAUUAAAAUAACCUUGAGUAUAAUUGAAGGGACAAUGGAAAUAUCCAAGGCAGCAGAAUAAACGUUAUUCAGAAAAACAGGAUAUCUAGUUUUCUUUGGACUUUCAAUAUCUUCACUUCUUAACUCUCAGAUUGCAGUGACUUUUUCAUUGAGGAAAAACAACACACCCUGCUUCCAUUCUUACAACAGAAUGAAAUAUAAGGCUAAAUUUUUUUUUGUAGACAGCUUGCAUAAAUAAAGUUGAUUUUUUCUUUU